AUGUCCUGGCUGCGUGUCUGUCUGUUGGUAGUGACGGUGGUUCGGUGCCGGGCGGGCUAUCUCGGCAUUUUCAGGGGUCAGUUGGUCACACCCGAUUCUUGCUAUACGCAACUGGGCCAACCGCAACCUUGCAUACCGGAUUUUGUCAAUGCAGCCUUCGGUCGACGCGUGCAGUCCACUAGCCAAUGCGGCAGCCCUCCCGCUCGCUAUUGCCAUUCCGAAGGAGAGUGUUCCGUCUGCGACUCGACCUCCGGCCAGCAGAAAUAUCCCGCGUCCUUCUUGACGGAUCUCAACAAUCCCAACAACGUCACCUGCUGGAUGUCCGAACUGGGCGCGCACAACGUCACUCUCACCCUGAGUUUGGGCAAGAAGUACGAGGUCACCUACAUCAGUCUACAGUUCUGUCAUCGAACUCCGGAGUCUUUAGCCAUAUACAAAAGCAUGGAUUACGGCAGGACUUGGCAUCCUUUUCAGUUUUACUCCAGUCGAUGCCGCCAGGUGUUUAGGAAGCAGCCCAGGGUGCCCAUUACCAAAGCCAACGAACAAGAAGUAUUAUGUUCCGACUGGCCCUCGGCCCGUCGUCUCAGAGGCGAAAGGUUGGCUUUCAGCACCUUGGAAGGUAGACCGUCGGCCUACGAUUUCGACAACAGCCCGGUUCUUCAGGACUGGGUGACGGUGACCGACGUCAAAAUCGUCUUGCAAGGCUCCAAGACGGACAACGCUUCUCUGCAAGAUGCUAAUUUCUAUAGUGCCUCGGAUCUGGCCAUCGGGGGAAGGUGCAAAUGCAACGGGCACGCUUCCAGAUGCGUGGCCGACGGGGACGGAACCUUGGCCUGCGAAUGCAGACACAACACCGCCGGACGGGACUGUGAAAAGUGCAAGCAGUUCCACUUCGACCGUCCUUGGGCCAGAGCUACCUCUCAUCAGGCUCACGAAUGUGUAGCCUGCGACUGCAACCUGCACGCCCGGAGGUGCCGCUUCAACAUGGAGUUGUACAAGCUAUCGGGGAGGACCAGUGGAGGCGUGUGUCUGGGGUGCCGACACAAUACCGCGGGCAGGUAUUGUCACUACUGCAAAGAAGGCUUCUACCGAGACACCUCCAAACCCAUCACUCAUCGUAAAGCCUGCAGAG